CGGUAAGUUCGAAUGUCAAGGACGCUUGUGCCCUACCCUAGUCACUAACUUCAACAUGAAAGCGUGGAAGCUACAGGAAUGUAUCGCUCAUUCCCCAGGCGCCGUUACUGCGGCAACUUUGGGCCGUAAAUCUGGUCGAGUAAUGGCCACUGGAGGAGAAGAUCGCCGCUUGAAACUGUGGGCUGUUGGAAAACCUUCUUGUAUCUUAAGUUUGACAGGGCAUACAUCAUCCAUAGAAGCUUCUGAAUUUAGUCAAGAAGAAGAUAGAGUGGCAGCUGGGUCUUUAUCGGGUUCUGUCCGUAUUUGGGAUUUGGAGGAAGUUAAAAUUGUUCGAGCCUUGUCUGGUCACACAUCAGCUAUCAAAACUUUAGACUUUCAUCCAUAUGGUAAUUUUGUAGCUUCAGGUUCUAUGGAUACCCUUGUAAAGCUGUGGGAUGUAUCUCGUAAAGGCUGCAUAAACACUUACCGGGGUCAUACUGGUUCUGUUAACAUGAUUCGCUUUUCUCCUGAUGGGAAAUGGAUUGUUUCUGCUGGUGAGGAUGGAAUAAUUAAACUUUGGGAUUUAUCAGCUGGUCGACAGUUGGCUGAAUUAGUCGGCCAUACUGGACCUGUUGUUGCAGUUACAUUUCAUCCUACAGUUCUUCUGCUUGCAACUGCCUCAGCUGAUCAUACUGUCCGUUUGUAUGACUUGGAAAAUUUCACACAAGUUGCCGUCACUGGACCAGAAUUAAACGCCACUAAUGUGAGGCGUAUUGCAUUUCAUCCGGAUGGUGUGUGUUUGUAUGUGGCUACAAAUGAUUAUCUCAGAAUAUAUGAUUACGAGAAUAUGUCUUGCCUAGAAACUGUACACGUUGGUUGGCGUGCUGGUGGCGGUUUGGACGAUAUGGCUGUUGCUCCAAGUUUCAAUCAACUUGUUGGUGUAUGUAUCUCAAAUUCGCUAAUUACUACUUAUGUUGUGGAUGUGAAGUCUUGCAUACCAUUCACUGCAAAUUAUUCAGAUAAUAUUGCCGAGUCAAAUAAAAACGUUUGUGUACAAUCAACUCAGUUGAAUACCACCAGUGUGAAUACAUCAACCAAUUACAGAGAUAAUGACAAUAGUAAUAGUAUUCCUACUAUCCAUCCUGUACAACAGAUAUGUGGUAAUAGUAAUCUUGCCAAUUAUAUGCAAAGUAAUGAACGUCCAUUUACUCGUUGUGGUUCAUCUCCCUCAAAAGCUCUAAGUUCUAUAGGACGUAAAAGUUUCUGUCUUGUCGCUGAAGAAAAUCUUCAAAAUGUUAUGAGUGAGGAUCCUAACGAUCCUGAUGCACAUUUACCUUAUCAACCUACAACUGAGGAUAGUGAAUCGCUCAAUGCAGCUGAUAUAACUGAUCCAGAUGAAUAUGAUAGGAUAUUUAAACCACACCACACAGUUCCACGAAGUCCUUCUCAAGUAAGAGCUAUGACUUCUAGAAGAAACGUUUCAAGUGAAUAUGGAACUGACGCAAUCACAAAGCUAAAUUUCGGUCUCCCUCCUUCAUCACCAAACAUUGUGAAUCCCACACCCCAUGAAGCAAAAUGCGUCCAGUCAAAUAUCUUAUCAGACAGAUUCACUUCGGACAAACCAUUUACACCUCCGAGUACCACUUCAGCUUGCAUUUCCAGAAGACCUCAUCAAACUACUAUCUCACAAGCUGCCCGAAUAAUUUCAAAUUCUCCACACCCACCGGAACCGAUUGAAGUGGAAGAUUUUCUACCUGUAAGUUGUGAUUCUCUAAGACACAAAAUAUUGAAAACAAUCCUUACAUUGUAAGUUUUCUCCUGUUAAAAUAUGAAAAUGAUAUCGAUGUAUAAAUAUGGCGUUGUUACUGAAUUAUUUGGUGGUCAUCAGUUGUUUUGCUAAGUCUUUAAGAUUGGGUACUUGUCCUUUGAGAACUUUAAACUUUUUCUCGUAGACAUGCUGGAUUUUGUAAUCACUGUUUGACAUAUAGGCUAUACCUUUAAUCCAUCGUAUUUUUCCUAGUUUGUACAAAUGAUGAUUUAUAUUGUACCUCCUUUUAAACCUCAUAUUAGAGGGCCGAGCAUUUAGUCAUUAUUAUCAUAUCAAAAACCUGCUUUGAAAAUAACUAGUUCAGUGUUUUGCUUGCUUGGAAUUCACAAGUACCUAUUUGUUGUUUUGGCGUGAGAAAAUAGUUAUUUGUAUCAGAAGGGGUUUUGUGGAGAUUGUAGUAAUUUUAAACAGUUGAUAUCAUGAGUCAAUUGAAGCUAGACCACCAUGGAAAACCUGGAAGCACUGGACGGCCGUUUCGUCCUGUUGUGGGAUUCCUCGGCAGUGCGCAUCCACGACCCCGCCUCGCGGUAUUCUAACGGAGGACUUAUCAGUCUCGCCCCAGGCGCUUAACCAACUAGACCACUGAGCCGGCAUCCAAUGGUGUUAAUGUCUGACUUCAACUAAUCCACGAAAUUAAGCGACACAUCCACCAUUGUCAUCAGUGAGUUACUACCUCACAACUGACCCGGUUGAACUCCACUGGUCACUGCUUCUCACUAGAACUCCAGGAUAUAUAUCUUGAAGCCAGUCACUAGUGAGCAUAUGUUGAUUAGUAUCAGAAGGGGUUUUGUGGAGAUUGUAGUAAUUUUAAACAAUUGAGAUUAUGAGUCAAUUGAAGCUAGACCACCAUGGAAAACCUGGAAGCACUAGACAUACUAGUGGAUAGACUGAUAGGCACUUGGUGUGUCACAUAUACAUAUAUUUAUUUCUCUGCCCUUUGUACUUAUUUGAUUGUCGGUCUGAUUGUUAACUAAUAAACCUAUUAGUCAGGCAAAGCACGCAUUUUUGGUGUGAGUUGUCUUGAUACUGAUUGGAAUAGUGCUGGCUGAGUACCUAAUAUAGAGCGAGUGAAUCGUAUACACAUAUCACUCGUUCACUAUUCGUUCUAAACAGUAUAGUGUCUCAUUGGUGUAAAGGAUAGGACAGUGAAUGUAUAAAUACGUGAAUUUAGUACCAUUACUAUUCACGGCCAUUCUGACUUCGCCUGUCUUGUUAAACUUUUAGCAAUCACUGCCGACUAUGAUGGACUUUGCAUUGAAUCCAGUCCUUCAAAAUAUAAAAAACCCGACACAUGAUAAAUCUGGAAGCCUUCAUGAACCAUCAGAAGCAGAAUUGUUAUUGAGAAUUCGUAAACCUCACGAUCCUUUCGUGAAAGUCAUGUCAUCACGUGUUAAAGGCUUGUCAACUGUUCGUGUGAUGUGGAGUCCAGAUAGUGUGAAAACAGCUGUUGAGUCUGCAUUAAUGAUGAAUGAUACUGCAAUUUUAGUCGAUGUUCUUGGAAUAUUGUCAAAAAACAGGUAAGUGUUUUAGCUCUUAUGUUCAUCUUACCAUACUUUUAGCUUUUCCUAUGAUGACAUUAGUUUAUGAUGUAGCGACGGCACCAUAAUCGCUCGUCUAUUCAGAAUUAAUAAUUGAAUUCGUGAGUCGAUUAAAGCUAGACCACUAUGGAAACCUGGAAGCACUGGACUAUCAUUUCGUCCUAGUGUGGGACUCCUCAACAGCUCGCGUCCAUGAUCCCACACAGGAUUCGAACCCAGGACCUUCGGUCUCACACGCGAAUGCUCAACCUCUAGACCACUGAACUGGCAUCCAACGGUAUUAAAGUCUAACUUCAACCAAUCGUGAAUGCACACUGCUGGGGAGUCCCAUACUAGGACGAGACGCUCGUCCAGUGCUUCCAGGUUUUCCAUGGUGGUUUAGCUUUAAUCGAUUCAUGAAUUCAACUAUAAAAUUACUACAAUCUCCACAAAACCCCCUCUCUGGUAAUAUUCGUAAUUAGCUAAAGUGAUGGUAAGUUGUUUCAGUAAGUAGUGAGAACAAUUAUCUACUUGACAUUCUACAUUCUUUCAUUGUGUAUCAUCCAGACCUAAAAUUCACUAUUCAAAAGAAAGUAAAUCCGUCUGCUUGAUUUUUCGAUUUGCUUUUGAUGGGUCGAAAUGAUGAAUUCCUAAAGUGACCCAUUUAUUGAAGAUAAACACGGAAUUGUCAACUAACUCUCUGUUAGUCAAUUAGUGUCAUAGAGUUAACGUUUUAUGGACUAGUGGUAAAUAUUUAUUUUAAAAAUGAUUUUUGAAGUAUGAUGUUUUUCAAAAUUUGUUGUGAGAAUAUAUGCUACCAAUUUAAGAAACUUUCUGUUAAACGAUCGGUUCGUUAGGGGGUUUUUCACCUCUCAGUUGCUCAACGGGGUUCAUAUUAGAAGCAAAAAGAUGAAGGUAAGUUCUCGUUUCGAAAGUUCGUUUGAGGGUGUAUCUAAUGAAAAAAAUUCAUUCGUAUAUACUAAUCGUUUUUAGUACAAAGAUCAAUAUUUAUUUAUUUUGUAAUUAACUUGUUCGUUUAUCUUUCAACGUUCAUAUUUUUGUGUAGAAAAUAUUUGCAUAAUCUAUGCCUAUUAUACUUGGUCCAUUCAUGACAAAUUUUAUCUGAUCCCUGAUUUCUUGUUUAUCUCUAUUUAUUCAGUUUACUGUUAACUUCUCAGGUACUUAUGAGAUUACAUUGACUACUAAAACAUCACUAAACUGUUUAUUGUUAGGACAAAGGGUAAUGUUCAAUCUUAAGAAUACUGUCAGCAUAGCAGAUGGAAAUCUAGGUGGUAUUUAGAGUUCUAAAUGCACAAGGAUUGGUUACUGAGUAGUGACCUAUACCAUGUUUGUCUAGUUCUUAGUGCUGGACGAGUUUUAUCAAUCAGAUUGCAAUAUGGCCAUUAGACAAAGUACCCCGAUAUUGCUUGCAGCAUAUUUUGUUAUUAGAUGUCUGGAUGAGACUUUGAACCCUAGAUUUCUUUCCAGCUGGUACUCAUCGCCAAGAAGUACCUAAUGCUCCCCAUAAGAUUCUGGAUUCGUUAGCCAUGAAAUAUCAUUUUAGAAUUACUAGACAUUUUUUUCAUAGUCGUAAUUACUUUGCCUGCUGCUUCUAUGUAUAGGCAAAUGUUUCUUUCUGCUUAAUUGAAUGCCCAUAAUGCGAUUGUGAUUGAAUGUUCAUUUAUUCGGUAUUUUUUAUUGUUGUUCAGUUUUGAGGACUGUCAGUUGGUAUUUUGAUGUCAAUUUCAUGAUAAGUUACCACUCAACUACAAUCAUCAAGCGACCACCACUUUAUUUGUUGUUUCAGUGGUCAACUCCUACAAUUAACAACAAAAGCCCCCUACGAUAGCAAUUUUUUUCACUAAGCGGUGACUUUUAGAUGUAAAAAAAAGUAAAAGUGAAUUUCCAAUGAUGAUCUUUUCUGAUGAAAGCUACGAAUAAUUGGUCAAGUAUUAUCCCUAAAUCCAUUGUGUAAAUCUAAUUUAGGCUAAUUUAAUCGUUAUUUUCUUUUUAAGAGUUAGUAACCAAAUUAUUUACAUAAAUAUUGAUCUUUGUUCAGUUAUAUUAACAGGAUGUUGGAUACCUGAUUACUAGUCAUGUGUUGAGGAACUAUCAAAGGAAUUUGUAAUGAUGACAACCAGCAGGCAUACUGAUUUCAGUCGUCAAUUAAUUUUUUCGGAUGUGUAUUGGUAAAGACUGUUCCUGUCUACUAAUAAUUAUGUGGUCAUGUAAAUUUUGUUAAUCAGUCCUAUUAUUUUGCGUUGAUGGAACAAUUCACAAAUUCAUCACUAAUUGUACUCAUUCCAUCCCAAUUAUCACUACAAAGAAAUUUCUAGCAUAGCAUACUAUUCUUACAACAGUUAUGGUAUAGUAUCAAAUUAAAUUAUCCAAUUAUAACCACCAAAUGGCAAACUAUUUGAGAACAGUCUGUAUCGAAUAACUGGUUUCACUAAUUAUCUUAGUUAUAUACACGGAAUAGUUGUUUUAUUAGUGUUGAUAAACUUAAUUCUUACUAGUUACGUUAGUAAUUUCAAAAUGUCUGUUCUUGUUUGACUUUAUGAACUGAAGUUGUUAUAAUAUGUUGGAGUCUAGUGCAAGCAAUUAGAACGAUUUUUCAGUGCUUUGAGUGAUCUGAUCCCAUUCGCUAGUCCCUGUAAUUGUCAAGAAUAAUUUCCAGUUAAUUUUGUAAUUCAGCAAUGAUAUUUGUUUACUUAUUCACUUUCUUAUUAGAUAAGAUAAUAACAGAAUCAGUAGUUAUUUUCAUUACAUGUUGAUAUUUAUAUUUAAGCUAUACAAACUUGUGGGUAAUGAUCAAAUUUUACUACUCUGGAUCUUGCUUAACAUAUAACUCUGUUACACAAGACGUCCGUAUUUCUUUGUGAACAGACUUUCCUUUUAAUUUUCACUCUACACACACACACUCUCAUGUUUCCGAUUAGGAGUGUGACGGGUUAGUCAUACAGUUUUUUAUGGAAUCAAUUUUAGCUGACCUGUAUCUUAGAUACAUCAUAGCUUACAUUGUGUUAAUAUUGUAUUGUAUUAUUGUUCGUUGAAUCUUUUUCUAACAAUCGGUUUAAAUACUCUUGUUGUACUGUCGGAGCUUACUUGUUUCUAAAGUUCAUUUUCGAUGCUAUGAAGUUGACCAAACACUGUCACUAUUCGUUGUGUAUGAUACGAAGCAUUUGAUGAAAUGUUUCAUUGUUAACAACGUAAACGGUUGGGAUAUUUUACACUAUCGUAACAGCUAUUUAUAUGAGUGAAGGGCUGGAAUUCAACUAGAAGCUGUGUGAAAUUCAUUAUAAAAUAAAAUCACAUAAAUAUAAAGUUGCUGGUAAUUUUAAUCAAGUUAAAAGUAACGAAUUGUUAAAAAUUCUUGACCUCAAACAAAUUCCAGAUUCUUGGUAAACUAAGUUUUCAGUAACCUAUUCUUUAUCACAUUAUGUUUUCCUAUUUUUCUGCCCUAAUUACGUAGUUAUUCUGAUUUGCAUUUGAUUGCUUAGAAGUUUAUAUAUGCUGAUUUGAUGACGUACUAUUUCAACCUCUUAAAACCAUACAUCACUAGUUUGGUGACUUAACUUUUCAUUGUUAGUUCAUAAGUAGUUAGAUAUAUUCCUCCUAUCACCCGGAGAAUGGAUUUGAGGUAAACACCUGGAUUUAUUUUGGCCCGUCAAGGUAUUUACUAAAUACUACAUCAUUUUCGUAUAUUUUGUCUGUUACAGUGUCACUUGUCCUCUCUUAUGUGUUUGUUAUUUGUUGUGUAAAUGUUAUUUCAUCUCCUUUUAAUUAUGUUUUCUGUUGGCUUACUUUAAUUUGUACAUAAUUUACUUAUGUUUAUUUCUGGUACGGUUCAGCCGUUUUAAGCUUUACAUUUAUGGUUGUUGUUUUUCAAAGAUUUAGUUAGAAUGUAGUCAUUUUUUCUUGUGUUGUUCUUCAACGAUUAACACAUGAAUAUAUCACUUAGGUAAAAAUACAUGCAUCCCAUUAGUAUCUGUUUCUUGAAGCUGGAAUGUUCCCAAGAUUUACUUUAAAACUGUUGGUUUCGUGCGUGUACUUCCGAAACCACUCAAUUUACGCGUAUCACUACUAGGCUAGGAACUUCAACUACGUCUACAUUUAGCGGUGCUAACUGUUGACUCUUACUUUCCAAUGAUGUGUACAGCGUUGAUCUGCACUUGAGGCUUCCAAACAUCAAACAAUAGUAAUCCAACCACCCAACCGAACGUAAACAUGAACAAACCAAUUCACGACCAAACCAUCCAGCUCAGAGAACAAAACUCCACCAAAACCAAUUCACUCUUCAGCAGUCAGAGGAAAUCUUACAAGAGAGUUGCAUAAUGGACACCUCGAACCAACUGGAUUAAACCUAUCAAUCCACACUCCCACUCCAUUGAUUCCCCAACUUUUUGGUGAGCUAAUUUAAGACCUCCGUUCAUAGUAGCUACAUUUAGGCGAUGGUAAUAACCACUUAACGAAGAUUAGACUGUAGCGUUUAAGGUCUCUAUCCUCCCUUCUGUCAUCCACCAGUCCUAAGUCGAUUAUGAUAGAAAACCACUUUUAUUUAGUUAUUGAUUAAUAAGUGAAAUAAUAAAUCUAAGCAUUUCAUGCUGACUUCUUGCAUUAAAAAAUUCAUACGAAUGGGCUUUCCUCGGAGCCGUUCAAAAAUUAUUUAGAUAUUAAAUUCCUGUGUGUGUGGUGUAUGCUGACAGGUAUAAGUAGUAUGUAACAUCAGAAGUGAAAUACCUGACAACAGAAGAUUGGAUUGAUGAGAACAGGAGGAGAAACUGACAACAAUUGGAAUAACAACAGAAUUGAAAGAAUCACGAAGCAUGUAAAGGACAACUGAGGGAAGAUGUGCAAAUAAUGUAUAGUUUUCAUAUUUUAUGAGGACACUUUAAUUUUGCAUUAAAUAAUAAGUCAGUUAUCCCUACCAAGUUUUUGUUCACUACAUAUAUACCUACCUUUAAUAAUUCAAAUUAUAUAUACUGAAUCAUAUGCUACCUUUUAUCACUUAUUUAAUAUGAUUUUUAUCAUAAUGUUUUUAUCUUAAUAUACUUCUUAAAAUAUUGGAGUUUUAUUCCGGCCAACUAUUUUAUUUUUUCCUUUUUGUGCCAGCAAAUAUUGGAAUUUGGAUCUAGUCAGCUUUCUAUUACCUCAAUUAGUAGAGUUGAUUCACAGUAAAUAUACCACGUAAGUUACAUAUGAUGUUUGUACAUUAAUACAUAGAUAUACUUGUCCAGGUAUCCUCCAUAAAGAUGUACUCAAAAGUGCGAAUGAAAAGAGGCUCAUAUUAGUGACGACAAGGACCUAGUGGGCAAUUUAAUAAUACAAUACACUGGUAUAUUAUCUGACUAAUUAUAAUAAAUAAAAAAUUAGCAUCAAAAGCGCAGUUUAUUAGUGUAGUACGGAUGUAAAUGUUACUUACAUUUUUAAAUUUUCAGAACACUAUUUGCAAACUUGGGACGUCAGAGAGAAGUUCGUCUGACAACCACAAGGCGUAUGAGCUUUGUGACAGUCCUAUUUGUUCUGUUUUAUGUCUGUGAAAUAUAGUUUAUGAAAGUAGAAGGUAUACGUAGGUUGCAGGUGCCUUCGCACUCUCGCUCGUAUGUGCUGAGGUCGUUGAAUUUACAAUACUCAGAUUAUAUACAGCGUACUAGGUAAGGAUGGCAAACUGAUUAACUAAAUAGUGAGUGUUUAUCAACUAAGGUUGUUGGGGACAUGUAUUACGUAUGCUCACCCACAGCCUACCUCGACGCGGGAUGAUGGCUGGCAUAAGGGUAAACUGAAAAAAAAACCGGAGGUGGUCUACUCAAUAUGUGACAUCAGUCUGUGAAGACAUUGACUGUUGGACUGAGCUACGCGGGUUGAACCGAACUACUAGGUUGAGGUCCGAUUUAUUAAAAGGUUGUAGAAUUUGGAUAGCAUGGUUCUGAUCCAAAUGACCCAAAUGGGUUCACCUUUAUCUUCUAGUUUCUCAAUCUCCCAUUUUUUCUUCAUGCACACCUUUCUAUUCUGUCUUUUCAUAUCAUAUUCCUAAUAUUUAAUCUUGCUUUUUAUCAUUGCUACUACAUUAUUUCGAUUCACCUCGUGCUGAUCAGAUGUAGCAAAUUGGGCCAGCGCACAUUUGCAUCGGGCUUUAUUUUUAUUAUGUCUCUCCGUACAUAUCUAGAUGUAAAAAUUAGACUUGUGGGCUAUUUCGCGUAAAUUGUUAAGUACCAAUUUGUUUCCUUAAUUUCCUAAGGUCAUUUUUGGGCGUGCUUCUAUCACAUUAUACUUCCUUAAAUGCUGUUAUUAGACUCCUGCAACGAACUGCUCGGUCCCCAAUUCACUCAAAUGCACCCUUUUUUAGAACAUAAAUGAAUUUACAUAUAUUCGGAUUACCGGGACCAAUAAAUUGGCUAGAGUCUGUAUGCUACCCUUCUACCUCAUUGUUCGCCUUGUAAAAAUAUAUAGCGAAAUUUGAAACGGCCUCGCACAUUGUAGAUCUUUGAUCCAGAUGUCUUCAAGAGAAUUUGUGAAUACUUUGGUUUCUCCUUCAUUCUUUACGCAGAAUGGUAACCCCAUCGAAACUCCUAAACCCAGUUACCACAUCUGAGACUGAUGCAACUUUGAUUCUACCAACCACCGAAUCUCCAAAGCAAAAUUCUAAUCUGUACUAUGACUUGAUGAUUGACAUUGCCUCCGUCAUAUUAUCUGGCCUGGACGGCAUAAACAACCUCAUAUUCCAUUUGGACAUGCUCGUCGUAAUUUUGAUAAAGCUGAAUCUUCAUAAUCAGCUGUGACAGUUAAUGAAUAUUCCAUCGGUAUAUGACUGAGAAUAUCACUCUGACAGUUUCCGAUUCUGAGUUUUACUUUCAUAUAGAAGUGAAUCCUCCCUUUUCUCAAUCGUUAUGCAUUCUUAUAACGGAUUUAGUGGAUCCAUUGAACUUGGAUUUAAUACUAAAGUUUGAUGGUCAUGUCGUGCUCGCCGAGUUGUCUGCUCCAUCUGAGUGACAAAUGAAGUUGAUCCGAUACCGUAUACAACAAACGCGGAGAUGACGUAACUAGUAUUUAAUUUGUCACUUCUGUUGUUGAGUCUGUUCAAUUAUUUAUCUUGUCGAUUAAUUUUUUGCAUCUACAUUAGCCCUAAGUAGGGUGAUAUUCUGUUCCAUUAGUUGGUUUGCAAUAGUUUCAUAUUUCUUGUGAUAGUAUUACCUAUACUCUAUCUUACGAUAUUCUAUACGUUUUGGAAUCUAUUUAUUGCUAACUAUGUUCUCUUUUCUGAAGACCUAACCAUUCACAGUCAAAAAUUCAGUUUUCUUGUUAAUUUUUAAGUAUUUUAGUUCCAUCCCUAUAAAGCAUCAACAUUAUAUAACUCGGGAUGUAGUUUGUAGUCUUUAAAUGCAUUCUGUAUCUUUCCAAACUCUAGUCCGACAAUUCAUUUUAUGAACAAGCACACCUGCACUACAAUUAACUGGUCGUUAUUUAGUUUUACAUCUUUACAUUUUCUGUCACUUUACUCCAUACCCAAAUAAACCAUUCCAAAACAAUUUGUUGGUUAUUUGUCAUUCACUUGCCUGUAUUAAUGUUCAACCCUUGUAAACUCGCUGUAGAUUUGCUAUAUUUCAUUCGUUAACAUAAUAUUAGUGACGUCAUUUUAUUGUAUUAUUAAAUCGCCCUUUUUUGCGCGCACCCUAGUUGGAGUAAACUAGACGAUAAUUAACAUUUGAUUAAAAGUAACAAUCUUUUCUUUUCUCCAUCAUUACUAAUCAAGAAGAAAACUAAAGCAUAUACUUAGAAUCUGUUCAUUAAUUUAUACAUCUAAAUUAUCAGAUAUAAUUGUGUUGGUUGUUUGAGAAUAAUCAACAAAAAUUUAUAAAUGUAAGUCUUAUUUUUCUAAUGAUGCCUCUGAACAUGGAAACGUUUCCUCUUUUUGAAAUACUUGCCUAUCUCAUUCACGUCUUAGUCAGUCAUACCAUAUCUGCUGUGCUUUAGUAAUUAAAGCGUUAAGCUUUCAGCUGCUAAGUCCCACGUUCGAACCUCACUUCACAUACUUAGGUUUGGGCGACUGGAUAGUAUCAUCAUCCCUCAUAUCUGGAGUGUACCUGGUGAAUAAACUGGUUUUAAAUUUUUCAAUCCUUCGAUAUACUGAAUACGUGAGGCAACUCUAUGUUAGUUGAAAGUGGUUCGAGAAUAUAAAACCUAUUUGUCUGUACUUCAGUUUGCAAAGAAUUAUAAAUUACAACGGACAUUUUGGUAGUAUGACUAUUGGAUAUGAUACCGUUUUAUUGGACUUCUGCUCCUUUUGGUGAUUCUGAUAUUGAUCACAUUUCAAUUGUUCUUUUUUAAAAAAACAUGAUUUUCCACUCACUUUUUGAAUCACGUAUAAUUUGUUGAUCUAUUCAUUAUAAUACCGGAAACUUAUGGUUUAUUGUAGUUGCACAUUAAAUAACUUUCAUGAUGUAGACCAACAGCUGGUAGUUUAUCAUUUUAAUUGUUGGUUAAUGAUUGUCAAAGCAUUUUAUCUAUAAUUGUGCAGUUAAUUAAUGUAGUUCUAAAUAUUUGUAGCAGAACAAACACAUUAAGUAUUUAUUCGAAUAUAUGUCUAAUAUUUGACUAUUCACCCUUUCAUCCAAUUGACUGAUUGAAUGUAUGUUCAGUUACCUGGGUUAAGUCAAGUCAAAUUCAGUGGUGGUUAGCUUCAUUUCGAAUAAAUAAGAUGGUUAUCUGUUGUCAAAAUAACCCCAAUGUACCUGUUCUUUGUUCACCACUUUUGUCAACGAAUAAAAGAGUACUUCAAGCAUUUAUGAAUACACCUUGUCAAACCAUAGUGUUUUUAAAUGUAGGCUGAUAUAACUGAAAUAAUAUUUUUAUCAGUAAUCACAACUAUUAUUCAGAGAUGUUUAAUGAGGAUAAUAAAAGCCGUCUGUUGAUCAAUUAUAUGAUGUGACCAUUAGAUAAAAUGAGAUCUGAGUUUUUAAUGCUUAACGAAGCCUUGUCUUAUUGCUAUUCUAUGUUGUUACCGUUUAUUCUAAAAUAUCCACUUAGUUAAACUAACACUGAUAUCGAGUUUGCGAACAUUUGUCUAAGUGUUUACACUUUACAUUUUCAUGCAUGAUUUUAACCUUAUUUUUACUUAAUCUUGGGUUUUAGUCAUGUUGAAACAACUUGUCAAAUAGUUCGUGUAAUAAUCAAAAAUUUUGCCCCGGUGAUUCGCCAAACUAUCGAAGGCCCAACUCCACCUGGAGUAGACUUGAUGCGAGAAGAAAGGUUGCGCAUUUUUGGGUUUUAACUGUUAUUCUAAUUCAUAUCAUAUGUAUUAGAAUGUGUAUAGCGUUUUAUUACCUGUUUUAUAAUUGAUUCACAAGAAUUUAUACGCAAUCAUGCUUAGAACUUAUACAUUCUUAUGUUAUAUAUUAUCUAGAAAUCAUAGCAUAUUUCAUUUGUAUGUAUAUUUAUGUUGUAGCUAUUUCAUCUCAAGCCAUAAAAGUCGGUUCACACACGACUGGACGGUUUGGAAUCAUGAUUAAAAAAACCAUUCAGUUCCUUACAGAUUGUUUGUUUACUUCUACUUUUUUCCCAAUAUUUAGGUUUUGAUUCGUUUAGUUUCACCCACACAACUAUACAGCAUAAACGCAGUUAUAUUGUUGUAUGCUAUUCUCAUGAAAUCGACCAUUUAGAAAGAAAAACAACCACUUAGACAAGACUACAGUUUAUAGACGAACCAAUCAGAUUUAGGAUUAUAUGUCUCGAAGUUCGGUGCGAAAUUCGUUCACCCAUCUGUCUAAAUAGUGUUUUGGCAUUCUAGCUGAUGUUAGUUCGUGAUGAAAACCGCAAAUUUAAUUGCUAACCUCAACCAGUAAUUGUUAAUCACAAUCCUUAUUUUUCACACUGCUUUAUAACAACCAUCUAGCCCUAGCAAGUGGGUGGGCGUUCUCAAGGUCACUUCGGCUCCGCUCAAAGGUCGUCCAUAAAUUAUUGUUUCAUCACCAUUUAUUUUUCCCACUCUUUUCCAAAUGUUUAAAAGUAAUGAUGAAGCGGUAAACUCAACGUUUAAGGCAUUCAUUUAUUAACUAAGAGGUUGCAGAUUCGAAUUCCGAUUCACGUACUUCACUUUGCGUAGCCAUGUAGCUCUCAUAUGACAGUACGCGUUUACAUCGACCACAUAAACGUGUGCUUACUUCAGUAAGAGUAUUCAGAAAAUAAUUUCAUUAUUGAGAAUUUAUGAGUCGGUAUAUCAAUCAUUCUCAGUAUUUCUCGUUUCUUAAAUUUAAUUGCUCUGAGUACAGAGUAUUUAUUGCCUCAAAUUUCAUCUCCUUUUCAUAUCUUUAUGCAUGUGAAAAUGUAUACCAAUUGACGACUGAUUCUAUCCCAAUCAUUAUAUCAUCACCCAUAAUUUUCUUGUGUAUAGUUUCUCACUAAUCAAACAGUUUUACUAAGUAUUAACACUACACUUGUUUCACUCAGGUUUUUGUUCAUUGAGCACAUCAAGCGAAUGUGUUCUACUGUACUCCAAAUGUUUAAUUUAGUUUUCUAAGGUUUAGAUUUAUAAUUUCAGCUGUGAAAAUAAUUAAACAGAGGUUGCAGUUUUUAUUAAAAAUUUGUAAUUUCAGUUCACAUGAUACUAAACUUGGUAACUUCACUUAUUUAAUGUUGUAACCUUCCAUCUAAUUUUCUAGACGUCGAAAAUGUCAAGAAUGCUUGUCCCAUUUACUUACAAUACGUUCAGCGUUAGGAACUAAAGAUGUAGCAAAUAAAGCUGGUCAAUGCGGACGUGAAUUAAACGUGAUGUUUCAGCUGCUAGUAUGAUAAUUUACUCAAGGAGGAAUGUUUUCCUGUAUAUUUCUAACUUUUUUCUACUGGGAUGAAUUCUAAAAAAAUGAUUAUAAACGCUGUAAUCCGGUACUGCUGCAUUUCGAAGAUGAGAUUUAUGCCACACACAAUUCUUGUCUGUUAUAUAUUUGAUAUUGUAUCAUUUUGUUUCUUUAUUUUAUUUUCGCUGUGAAGCCAAUUCCAAUGUUUGUACAUAUAUGGUAACAUCUUCUGAAUGUCGUUAAAGGAGUUAUGCUAUAUUCCAUUACUGCUUCUUAUACACAACUUGCUGUGUCAAAAUCAACAUCAGAGAUGUUUUUGAGCUUAAUUUUUAGUCGUUUUUAUUUCUUCCUGUUAUAUCUAGAACUUACAUUUCGCUUGUUAUACUGCCUAUAACUUGAGAACUCGGACGCUUGAACCCUCCAAGUUGCAAUUCAGAAGACUAGUGAAACUGAAUCUUAUUCUAAAUAGUGUCAAAUAUGAUACAAGACAUUCAGGUAUUAAUAGUUUUUAAUAAAAACAAACUCAUCACUACCGUCAUCCUAUCCCUGUGCAGUGAUUUUUAGAAUUUGUCCGAUUGGGAAGUUGCACAUCAAGAUUCUGUAAUGUUCUUUCACAAAAUAAUUGGAUGGAAUAUCUUCAGCUCUUUCAAAGUUUCCUUGAGUUCAACGGGGUCCGUCCCUACACUUUUCUUCCUGUUUUUGUGCGUUUUGUUCUCCAAAAGAACAUAACCGGUCGUUUAAUAAUAAAUAUCUUUGUGUCGUCAAUACACAGAAAUAUCACCUACUCAAGUUAGUUGUGUAUAGUGUAUUCCAUGAUAAAGUAAUACCAUUCAUAGUCUAGUCUUAUGUUCACCGAGUAAAGGUUUUAUUUUUCGCUCCGUUUAAGUUUAUAUUAAGUUUCAUCCACUACAUUUCACAAAAUCAUUAACGUUUUACGUUCAGAGUCUCAGUCCGUUGUUAGUUCCAUGAGAACUAUAGAUUACUAUAUGGUAGUGGUCUUUACAUCAAUGAAUUGUCUGAUAUCUCAUACAUUACCGUUCGAAUCUCAGUUGUUACAGGCGGAAUUAUUUUGAGCUACAGCAUCGUUGUAAACAUGACUUAACAGUUUAGACUUGGAUAGCUCAUGUUCUUCCCAAUCCCAAAUGUCGUCGUCAUCGAAAAAUUAACUAAUCAGUCCAAACAAAUAACACUCGGGCUUAGUUAGUCACAAAUUACUCAAUGCUGUAAUGAAAUAAUGAACCGGAAUGGGCGACAAAUCAGUCCUCAUGUCGUCACCAACAAAUGAUAUAUUCUAUCUGUACAACUAGAUCUCUACUUUUAAAGCUACUUCUGAUUCAGAUUUGUGUAGUAAGGACAGAAGGCCUGCGGCCUAUGUUAUUCCUUUUCUAGUAUGCUUCUGUGAGUGUCCAGUCUCCUCUUGAAAGUGUCAAUUAAAGGUGCGGACACCACUGCUUCAGGCAGCAGGUUCCAAGUAUUGAUGACUCG